CCACAGUCCAAGAUGUCGUUCAAGUACAACAAAGUCCUGCUCAUUGGUGCUACAUCUGGUAUUGGCGAGGCGUAUGCGGAGAAGGUUGUCCAAGAUGGAAAGAAGGUUAUCGUCGUUGGGAGGAGGAUGGAGAAUCUCGAUGCUUUUGUCGAAAAGCAUGGCAAAGACAAGGCUGAAGCAGUUGCGUUCGACAUUACCCUGCUGAACCAGAUUCCCAAAUUCGCGGAGGAUAUCACGAGCAAGCACCCAGAUCUGGACUGCGUGAUCCUCAACUCGGGCAUUCAACGAGGUUUCGACUUCUCCAAACCAGAGACUGUGGAUCUGUCGGUUGUUGGGCUUGAGCUCACCACCAAUUACCUCUCGUACGUCCACCUGACACAUGCCUUUCUCCCACAUCUCCAGAACCAGCAAAACGAGACGGCUCUCAUCUACACGUCAUCCGGACUGGCGCUGGUUCCGAUCGCUACGUGUCUCAACUAUUGCGCGUCUAAAGCCGCGCUCCACCAUUUCCUCCUGUGCUUGCGGGAGCAGCUCAAAGAGGGUCUGGGGAAUGUCAAAGUCAUUGAGAUAUUCCCACCAGCGGUACAGACGGAACUGCACGAUGAGAAGCAUCGUCCUGAUAUCAAGAACGGCGGAGCUAUAGGAAUGCCAUUGGACCAGUUUACGGAGGAGUCAUGGGGAAAGAUGGUUAAGGGCGAGGAGCAGAUUCCAGUUGGAAUAGUGGAUAUGCUGUUCAAUUCUUUCGAAAAGACUCGCCAGGAGAGGUUUCACAAGGUUGCUGAGAUGCUGAAGGCUCACGGAGGAGGUGCUUAGCACGUGAGAGCCUUGAGACGGGAGGGUGAGCCACACGCACUGACCAUUGGGACCUUGCUUACCAGCCAGGAACGGACAGGGGAUGGUGGCCCGG